AUGGGUGGCGGCAGGCCGGGCCGCGUAGCGCGGCGGGGGCACGCUUGCCUCUGGGUGACGCUGGCGCUGGCCUGGGGCGCGGGGGCCGCGCUGGCCGUGGAGGGGCCGGAGGCGGAGGAGGAGGCCGGGCUGGCGGGCGCCGAGGAGCCGUGCGGGGCGGAGGGGUGGGCGCAGGAUGCUGUCCCGCCGGGCGCGGCCUUCGUCGCCGCCGCCUCGUACCGCGGCCCCGGCAACAACGACACGCGGAGCAACAAGGCGCUGCCCAUCCUGCUGUGGUGGAGUGGGAGCCUCUUCCCCCACUUCCCCGGCGACACGGAGCGGAUCGACUGCCCGCGCGGCUCCUGCCUCGUCACCCGGAGCCGGCGGGUGGCCCGGCACCGCCGCACCAAGGCCCUCAUCUUCUACGGCACCGACUUCAGGGCCUACGAGGCGCCGCUGCCCCGCCUGUCCCACCAGACCUGGGCGCUCUUCCACGAGGAGUCCCCCAUGAACAACUACGUCCUCUCGCACUCGCCCGGCAUCCAGCUCUUCAACUACACGGCCACCUUCCGCCGGGAGUCCGACUACCCCCUCACACUGCAGUGGCUGCCCGGCGUGGGGUACCUGCGGGGCCCGGCGCUGCCCCUGGCCGAGAAGGACGCGUGGCGGCGGAAGGGCUAUGCCCCGGUGCUGUACAUGCAGUCCCACUGCGAUGUCCCCUCAGACAGGGACCGCUACGUGCGGGAGCUUAUGAAAUACAUCCAGGUUGACUCCUAUGGGAAAUGCCUGCAUAACCGUGAGCUUCCCAGUGAGCGACUGAGAGACACUUCUACAGCCACUACAGAAGAUUCUGAAUUUAUGACUUUUAUUGCCAGGUACAAGUUUCAUCUGGCCUUGGAGAAUGCCAUAUGUGAUGACUACAUGACAGAGAAGCUGUGGCGUCCAAUGCACUUGGGUGCUGUCCCAGUAUACCGAGGUUCCCCAGCUGUGCAGGACUGGAUGCCAAACAACCUCUCCAUCAUUCUUAUAGAUGACUUUGACAGCCCUCAAGAGCUGGCAAAGUAUCUUGAUUUCCUGGACAAGAAUGGAGAGGAAUAUAUGAAGUAUCUCGAGUAUAAAAACCUUGGUGGAAUCAAAAACCAGUUCUUGCUGGAGAGCUUGGAGAGGCGGGAGUGGGGUGUGAAUGACAUGACUCUGCCCAAUUACCUGAAUGGCUUCGAGUGUUUCAUCUGUGACAGGGAGAACACCCGGGUCAAAGAGGAGCAGGAACACAAAAAAUCUCAUGGGAAAAUUCCAGCUCCCAGACCUCACAUAGCUCAGUUCAAGCACAUGGGAUGUCCUAUGCCAACCCCUGGGUUUGGAAGUGUUGAAGACCUCUCUGGAGGAGACGGUUGGAAAGAGAUGUGGCUGCAGGAUUAUUGGCAAAGCCUUGAUCAGGGUGAGGCCCUCACUGCUAUGAUUCAUCGCAAUGAGUCGCAUCAGGGAAGAUUUUGGGACUAUAUGCAUGAGAUUUUUCUCAAGAGGACGAGGCAACACUGACCCAUCUUUGUAAGAGCUUGAUUUGAAAAUUGCAUUGAAAGUUGAGACUGCAAAUUCUUACCUCGCUCCAAAUGUUUGCCUUGAAAUAGAAGAAAAACUCUCACAGAGACUGUUUUUUCUGGUGCAUGAAGUGAGUAAGUUUCUGUUAUGAUUGGAUUUCAGCAGUGGAGAUCUUGGCAACUGCUUUGAUUUGAAUUUCAGCUCUGUGGUGUGAAGCCACUCCUGACUUGCAGGUGUCAACAUGUGGGGCAAAAGAGGAAUUUACUCUCCUUUUGCAUUUGGUAUAGUUUCCUUGUGGCUUACAUGACUUCAGAGGAACACCUCUUCAGACUCUUGCUCAAAUGCCCUAAGUUAUUUCAGGGAAUUUUUUAAUCUCCAAAAUAUUAAUACUUUUUUAUAAGUAUUUUAUCAGUCACUUAUUCUCCUCAUUAAGGUGUACUUUUGGCUGCUAUUAACAAAUAGCUUUUCCAGCGAAGGCAUUACAAAAGACAAAUGUCUGCGGAGAGCAAUUGUGCCUUAUGAAAUUGCAGCAAUAAAGUCUCUUCUCCCCAAGUAAGCAUGCCUCAAAUACUCCUACUUUUCAGGGUAACUGAAUAGCUAUGGGCUGGUCACUCUCUGCCUAAUUUUCCUCUUUUGCUAAUUUACCAGGUGAUACAUACAAUGAGAUGAGAGACUAAAUUAUUUAAUUCACAACUUUCAAUAAAGUAUUUCACACCAGAAAGUGUAUUACCUGGUAUUGUGCAGAACUAGAGUAAAAUUAGUAUGCUUUGGUUCUUCUAAAUUUUCAUCAAAUCUGAAAUCCCAGCUAUAAUCUUGACUUCUUGUUAUCUCCUUAAUGCUAGCAAUUCAGAGGCCUUUGAUUUGUUCUUUUUGAGUAUCUGCAGCUUACUGCAAAGACAAAUACAUUUUAAUGAUGGUGCCUUUCCAGUGGUCUCUGCAGUUUGGAUACAAACCUUGCAGUCUUUCUAUGCUGAAGUGGAUGAUCAGAAUCAGGCGCGCUGAGAUGGUUUUGUAUCUCUACCAAAUCUUAACACAGUAUGAUCCUGGUCUGUGACUGGAGUUCCUAAAAGUAAGUGAUGACAUGUGGAUGGAUCUUCCUUGUUGCAUAGCCUGUAUCUCUUACAGAUAUAAAUAAAGUCCGCUGUUCCCUGC